CGGCGGCGGCUGCUCUCGCUGCGCCCGCUCCCGCGCGCUGUCCUCCCACCGCGGGUGGGCUCCGCAGCCUCUGCCGACCGCGGCCCGUGCCCGGUGGCGGCUCUCGCCCUCCGCUGGGGGCGGCCUGGCGCGUGUGGCCCCUCCCGGGGGCUCCCCUCUCCUACCCGCGGUUCCCUUUUGCAGCUGGCUCGGGCACCCAACUUUGCCUUUCCUGGUCCGUCGCCCCCGCUGGGCGCGAACCUGCUCACUCCCGGCCCGGCUGCGCGCCCGGGGACCGUGCGCCUGGCGCUCAAAUCGACGUCCCCAGCCCGGAGCGCAGCGAGUGGCGGGUGGCUCUGGGGAAGUGGCAGGGGGCGACGGCGGCCGCUGCCUUGACUUCCCUCGCCGGUGAACUGAAGAGGACCCUCAGAGCUGCUCCGGGGCCCUAGGCGCUGGAUGAUUGGCAAGAGGAGCGCGCCUCGCACCUGGCACAGGGCGGGGGACAGCCGGUGGAUGCGCGUACAGGAUUAGGACUACCCUCCGUGCGGGGCACCCACAGUUGAGCUAGUGCACGGGCUGGAAGUUUGUGUCCCUGUCUUUGCCGAGGUCGGAGCGUGCCGAGUGCCGGCGUGUGAGUUGGGCUUGAGCGCCCAGGUGCUGUGGAUCCUUAGUGUGAUACAUGAUCCGGGAAACGUUCCCAGCUUUCCCUCCUUGGCCCUUGCCCCACAUGACAGGAAGACGAGCUUCUGGUUAGAAGACAAGUGCCCAGAGUCCAAGGCCGUCUGCCCACCAUGAAGGGGACCUGCGUCAUUGCAUGGCUGUUCUCCAGCCUGGGGUGGUGGAGACUCGCCCAGCCGGACACGGACGCAUCUCAGUGCCAGAGAGCGGAGCACCCGGUCAUUUCCUAUAAAGAAAUUGGCCCCUGGUUACGGGAGUUCAGAGCGAAGAAUGCUGUGGAUUUCUCGCAGUUAACAUUUGACCCAGGACAGAAAGAACUUGUUGUAGGAGCAAGAAACUACCUCUUCAGGUUACAGCUUGAGGAUUUGUCUCUGAUCCAGGCUGUGGAGUGGGAGUGUGAUGAAGCCACCAAGAAGGCCUGUUACAGUAAGGGCAAGUCCGAGGAGGAAUGUCAGAACUACAUCCGGGUGCUUUUGGUGGGUGGUGACCGGUUAUUUACCUGUGGGACCAACGCUUUCACGCCUGUCUGCACCAAUCGCACGUUGAAUAACCUGACCGAGAUCCAUGAUCAGAUCAGUGGCAUGGCCCGCUGCCCCUACAGUCCGCAGCACAAUUCCACGGCUCUUCUCACGGCCGGUGGGGAGCUGUACGCUGCUACGGCCAUGGAUUUUCCCGGACGGGAUCCUGCCAUUUACCGGAGUCUGGGCAUCUUGCCUCCUCUCCGCACGGCGCAGUACAACUCCAAAUGGCUCAACGAACCAAACUUCGUGUCCUCUUAUGACAUCGGAAAUUUCACCUACUUCUUUUUUCGAGAAAAUGCCGUGGAGCACGACUGUGGGAAAACCGUGUUCUCCAGAGCUGCCCGUGUCUGUAAGAACGACAUUGGGGGGCGGUUCCUGCUGGAGGACACCUGGACCACGUUCAUGAAGGCUCGUUUGAACUGCUCCCGGCCCGGGGAGGUCCCCUUUUACUACAAUGAACUGCAGAGCACGUUCUUCCUGCCUGAGCUGGAUUUGAUCUAUGGCAUCUUUACCACCAAUGUGAACAGCAUCGCCGCCUCGGCCGUGUGCGUCUUCAACCUGAGCGCCAUCUCCCAGGCCUUUAACGGACCCUUCAAGUACCAGGAGAACUCACGCUCUGCCUGGCUGCCGUAUCCCAACCCCAACCCCAACUUCCAGUGUGGCACGGUGGACCAGGGCCUAUACAUGAACCUGACGGAGAGGAACCUGCAGGAUGCUCAGAGGUUCAUUCUGAUGCAUGAGGUGGUGCAGCCCGUGACCUCGGUGCCCGCCUUCAUGGAGGACAACAGCCGCUUCUCCCACGUGGCCGUGGACGUGGUGCAGGGCAGGGACAUGCUGGUCCACAUCAUCUACCUGGCCACAGAUUACGGCACGAUUAAAAAAGUGCGGGCACCCCUGGCUCCGGCUGCCGGCAGCUGUUUGCUGGAAGAGAUCGAGCUCUUCCCCGAGCGGUGGGGGGAGCCCAUCAGGAGCCUGCAGAUCCUCCACAGCCAGAGUGUCCUGUUUGUGGGCCUGCAGGAGCACGUGGCCAAGGUCCCACUGAAGAGAUGCCCGUUCUACCGCACGCGCAGUGCCUGCAUUGGGGCCCAGGACCCUUACUGUGGCUGGGACAUGGUGAUGAAGAAAUGCACGAGCCUGGAGGAGAGCCUGAGCAUGAUGCAGUGGGAGCAGAGCACCUCCACCUGUCCUACGAGGAAUCUCACCGUGGACGGGCACUUCGGCGCAUGGUCUCCGUGGACGCCCUGCACGCACACGGAUGGCAGCGCCGUGGGCUCCUGCCUGUGUCGCACCCGCUCCUGCGACAGCCCGGCCCCCCAGUGUGGCGGCUGGCAGUGCGAGGGCCCCCGCAUGGAGAUCGCCAACUGUUCCAGGAACGGAGGCUGGACCCCCUGGACCUCAUGGUCUCCCUGCAGCACCACCUGUGGGAUCGGCUUCCAGGUGCGCCAGCGGUCCUGCAGCAACCCCACUCCCCGGCACGGGGGCCGGGUGUGCGUGGGACAGAACCGUGAGGAGAGAUACUGCAACGAGCAUUUGCUGUGUCCCCCGCACAUGUUCUGGACAGGCUGGGGUCCUUGGGAACGGUGCACAGCCCAGUGUGGGGGUGGUAUUCAAGCUCGCCGCAGGACCUGCGAGAAUGGACCUGACUGCGUGGGCUGUAAUGUGGAGUACCAGCCUUGCAACACCAACCCGUGCCCCGAGCUGAAGAAGACCACGCCCUGGACGCCAUGGACGCCAGUCAACAUCUCAGACAACGGGGGCCACUACGAGCAACGGUUCCGCUACACUUGCAAAGCCCGCCUGCCUGAUCCAAAUCUGCUCGAAGUGGGAAGGCAGAGAAUCGAGAUGCGGUACUGUUCCAGUGACGGAACCAGCGGCUGCUCCACAGACGGACUUUCUGGUGAUUUCCUGCGCGCUGGGAGGUACUCCGCCCACACCGUCAACGGGGCGUGGUCAGCCUGGACGUCGUGGUCACAGUGCAGCCGCGACUGUAGCAGGGGCAUUCGGCACCGGAAGCGUGUUUGCAACAACCCCGAGCCCAAGUAUGGGGGCAUGCCAUGCCUGGGCCCAUCCCUGGAAUAUCAGGAGUGCAACAUUUUGCCCUGCCCAGUGGAUGGCGUCUGGUCUUGCUGGUCUCCCUGGUCAAAAUGCUCGGCGACGUGUGGUGGUGGGCACUACAUGAGGACCCGCUCGUGCACAAACCCAGCCCCAGCCUACGGAGGAGACAUCUGCCUGGGGCUGCACACGGAGGAGGCGCUCUGCAACACGCAGCCCUGCCCGGAGAGCUGGUCCGAGUGGUCAGACUGGUCUGAGUGCGACGUGUCUGGAGUGCAGGUCCGUGCCCGCCAAUGCAUCCUUCUGUUCCCUGUGGGUAGCCAGUGUUCUGGAAACACCACCGAGAGCCAGCCGUGUGUUUUUGAUGCCAAUUUCAUCCCAGAAGUAUCUGUGGCGAGAUCCAGUAGUGUAGAAGAGAAACGGUGUGGGGAGUUCAAUGUGUUCCACAUGAUUGCCGUGGGGCUGAGCAGCUCCAUCCUGGGCUGCCUCCUUACUCUGCUCGUCUACACCUACUGUCAGCGGUACCAGCAGCAAUCCCACGAUGCCACGGUCAUCCACCCCGUUGCUCCCGCCCCGCUCAACACCAGCAUAACUAACCACAUCAACAAACUGGACAAGUAUGACUCAGUGGAAGCCAUCAAGGCGUUUAACAAAAACAACUUGAUCCUAGAGGAAAGAAACAAGUACUUCAACCCUCACCUCACUGGGAAGACCUAUUCCAACGCCUACUUUACAGAUCUCAAUAAUUACGAUGAGUACUAAUAGCUGUUACAUUUUUGGCUUCUUGUAAUCCCCCGGUUUCUCAAGGCCUGUCCUCCAUGACUGCCCAUGUUUCCAAGACUUCAGAGAUGAAGUUUGGAUACAUUUCAAGUGCAUUUCAAGCCAUGAGUGUCCCAUUGCUGCCAAAAACAGACAUCCUUAAAAGCAACAAAAAUCUAAAUAUGAUGUCGUGAAAAUCUGGUCUAAAUGCUUGAUCAUUGUUGAAUGAGCCAUGGCGUGAAGUUUUGUUUUGUUUUGUUUUUUAUUGUGCUCAGUCCAUUUUUCUAACAAGUCAGUUGUUUUUGUCAGCUUUUUAAUAAAUGUACCACCCACAUAGGAAGGAGUCUUUAGAAAUAGGAAUGUCUUCCUGCUCUUGAGCGUAAAUCUUCAUGAUGUUUUAAUUCAAGAGAAUAGACACUUCUGCUGAGAGUCCCCCUCCCUCCACCAGGAGUGUUAGAUCCAUAGUAUUUGAUAAAAUGAAGGAUAUGAAUGUGGCUGUAUAGUUAUUCACCAUGGAUCUCCCAUCUUCCCAACCUGGAUAAUUCUCUGGAAUCCUUGGAAGCGACUUGUGUGUUUGGACUUGGAAUGGUUCUCACUUGGGCAAGGGCAGGGAUUCACCCUGGCCUGGGUCUGCAGAGGUGAUGGUGUGAGGUGUGACGCACUCAUCCCUCCCUUGGUCUUGAUGCAGUUCUUGUGUUGUCCCUGGUGGAGCUGAGCUUAAAGACCAGAGACUCAGACGUGAUGAAGGGUCCAGCGUAGCCUCCAUAUUCUCCCUUCUGGAUUUCCUACCAUUCCAGGGAGCUCCUUGUCCCGUGGUUGGCCCGGAAGCCUACCUGUCCGGUCCAUAGGAACAUCCUGAAGAGCCAUUUGUAAAACCACCACUCGUUCACCAUUUGGAUAGCCUCCUCAGCCUCUCUUAUUCCUGCAAGGAAAGAUCGUGAACAUUCAUUAACACCGAUGAGGGAAAGUAUUAAAAAUACUUUGAAAUAUAGUUGAAACCAACUUUUUUUCCCCCCCAUGUUAUAGGAAGGUUUGAAAGAACUGACAUUUAAGGAGAAGUAACUUUUUAUUUUCUGUGUCCUGAUAGAACUAGUGUAUGGCUAUCAGCCCCUUCCCGGAGCAUUACUGACGUGUAGAACUGGUUUUCUGCAGCCCGUCGAUGUGCAUAUUGAAGUGUGCCCCAAGUACCCAGCUCUCAUUUGCUGCCUCCGGGUCCGGUGAGGAGGUUCUGGUGCCUUGUGUCUCUAUCUAGCUCAGUGCUGCCCUCCCCUCCGCCCCCUCCCACCUCUCCCUGCACGGAGGCAACAGCAUUUCAAGAUGGACCUUGAGAAAGCAGGGAAGUGAGGUUGUCAGAAAUCCCUGUGGUUCUGAGCAUUGAUCACCACUAAGCAUUUCAGAGUGCUGUCAUAUAUUCAUAGAGGUCCCCAAAAGGAAAAAAAGCAGGAGAAAUUACUCAUAAACAACUGAUAAAUAAUACAUGGCAGUUGGUUGAAUAGUUUUUGGAAGAAAGAACAAGAUUGAAACUGCUCAUCGGACACCCCUGACCGACACGGACAGUAAGACACAUUCUUAUUGCACAGUGAACCUUCAGAUCCGUGAACGUAGGCAGCACAGGCAGUGAGGAACGCAGACUUAUUAGCACACGUGUUUUUAAUCCUAUCCAGUUGAAAGAGACAAUUUCAGAAAGUGUUGGGGGAAAUCCCCCGUUUAGUCAAGAGUAUUGUUGUAUUGAAAACACUCUCAUACACCCAGAUUUUCAGAAGCUACUCUACUAAAAUUCCAAUUUAAAUGGCAGGGGGUCUCCGGGAGGUCAGAGAGGUCGCACCUGAAUGGUGUUCUGGGUCUUUCCGGGGGGGGAGUCCAUGUUGCCUCUCCUGCGAGUCUUGCCCGCUGUGUGAGGCUGCUCGGCUUGGACACACAGAGCUGAAGUCCACACUGAGGAGGUGAAAUUCAGCCAGCUGGUUCCCUCGUUGUUCCUCAGCUGGAUUCGCAUUGGAUGCUUUAACUUGUGUCAUCACUUUCCUCUAAGAAAAAUGUCCUCACUGAGAAGUACGAUGUAGUUGCUUCCCCAGUGUUUUCUAAGCUUAAAAGGACAUUUUACCUCCCCUGGGAAAGAGAAUACCAAUAUUUGGAGAAAGCCUCCCUGGACCUGAUUAGAAAUGCUUUCUAAGUGCUGUCCCCGCUAGACUUGAGUCCAUCCCCUGCAGUGACUGGGGGCAGCACCCACCCUCCCUGCGGAGUUGGCACCUUGGCUGACUAUACGUCCUGGAACUUACCACUGCUGAGAAAUGCUCUCAUCUUUGUUCUCUGAAACUCUACUCAAAGAAAAAUUACUCUGGCUUCUCUCUCUCUCUCUGUGUCUCUCUCACAUUCUCCUUAUUUCACAGAAUUUCAAUUCAUUAAGAAUAAUUUUAACUAUAAUCUAAGUAUUUUAAGCAGCUAUGGAGUAACUUUUGCUUCUCCAUCCUUCUGCGGCUGUUGUUCAUAGGUGUGUGCCACCCCUCCGUACCCCUGGUUGUUGCCUGAGCCCCAGGCGGGCUUUCACAGGGGUGCCUCCCAUGUCCACCUGGACCUCCUCCCUAAAGCAGCUCUCCUGGAGGCUGCCACGUUUGCCUUCCCUGUGGGUCGCAUUGGAAGUUUCUGGAUGACUUUUUCUUUCGGUCUUAUCUUUUUUUUCUUUUCCUUCCUUCUGUUUUCCUCUCUCCCUCUCUCCUUCCUUCCUUCCUAGUACUAGCAGCACAGAUAGGGACUAAUACUUUUAAGCCACACCCCCUCUGAACCUAACAUCGAAUGACACUAAUCACAGUUAAAUAUCUAGGAGUAUUUCUGGAUAGGGUUGAAGUUUGCCUGUUUUCAUUAGGAAACUGGCUUUCGGCUCACACUGGAGUCUUUGGAAGUGAUUCCCAGCGGCAGGGCUGCUCAGGGUCCUUUCUCCAGACGAAAGGAAUCCCCAUCCCGAGUGCCCAGCCUGCAGAGGCCCACGUCCUUUGGAAGGAGAACACUGCCCUGCUUUCCCCAAGGAGCGCUGUGGACCAGCGGCUGGCAUGAGCCUGACGGCUCGUCACCCCUGAGCGAUGGGACUGUGACUUGGGAGGAGCUCUGCCCCACGGAAGCCCCACCGCCGCCAGACCCGGUGCUUCCUCGCAGGGUUGCCCAGCUCGCUGGAGGCCCAUGUCCCUGCUGCUUCAGGGAGGCCUCUGCACCCCACUCCUGCGGGAGCGUUCAGCAAGCCCGCUUGGGUGCAUCCCAAGGGCAAGUGGUGCUUCCUUGAGUGUGUAUGUGGGGCGGGUGGAGGUGCCACAGGACCUGCAGAGGAGUGGACAGUGGGGGGACACGCAUCCCUGCCCCAGAGAGGCCCCUGUCCCUGGGAAGGGGCCGCCCUGUGCUCGGGGUGGACCAGGGUCUGGCCCCAUGGACUCGUGGAGUGAUGCCAAAGAGAAGAGAAGCAAAGGUGGGAAAAGGUGAAAAUAGGGACCCGGUGGCUCCCGAGCUGAGUGUGAGGGCCGGUCCCAGGUGGGCAGCCAGGAUGCACGCACAGUUCUUGGGGUCCAAUGCCGGGACUCCAGAGGGCGGGAGUGUCAGCCGAGGGUGGCCUUAUUUCCUUAUUUGUCUGCACAUGGGCGAGAGUCGUGGGGCUGAAAGCCCAGGAGGGUGAGUGCUUCCACUGGAGGCGUUGGUAGAAUCUGUGGGUCAGACCGCCUUCUGAGUUAGGGACAAAGUCUCAGCGGGGGAAUCCGGUGUCCGCAGGGCUACCUACAGGAUACAUGAGUGUGUAACGGAAGAUCAGAGGAGAUUUUAUGUGAAAUAUAUAUCAAGUCUGCACUCAGCUAAUCAUUUUGUGUAAACACUCCCUUAAUGCACAGUGAAGGUGCAGUCUUGUUUUUAGAAUAAAUCGUGGACAUGUCCCCAACAGUGUCAAAACACCUUAAGCAGGAUCUUUUACACUCCAUUGGGGUUUUCUGGUGUGUGGCAUUUGGGGUCCACUCCAUUGAAGUCAGCAUUUCCAUCUCAAAAGCUGGCUCUGGGGCACCAUCCAGGGGCAGCAGGUACCAGUGGGGGGUAGAGUGAACUGCUUCUACCUCAAAGCAGCCAUUCUCCACAGAGCAGCACUGUCCCUAAGCCUCCAGCUCCGAUAAUCAGUGUUCCCGAAGGUGGGAAUUACAAUGCGAACCUUAAGUCAAUUCACACGCAAACUCUCUGCUCUUCUUUUUAAGAUGAGGCAAAAGUGGAGUUCUCGGAUUGCAUUGGCAUGCCCAAUACAUUCAUCCCUUCUCGUGUCUCCAUUACGUCAUGGCCAUUCUUGUCACCUGGUGAGAAUAUGUGGACACAACAUUGCAGAUCUGAUUACCUAUGAUUGUCUAUUGUCAGAAAAUAAAGCCAUGCCGAGCGCCUGGCUUCUCUGGGCAAUGGGUGUGAAAUGGGAGAACGUAAAGUAACUGUCACUUUGACCAGAGGAAUACACAAAAAGGAAUGCCAUUUAUUCAGAGGUCAAAGAUUUGGAGACCAGAAACCAUCAUGGAAUCUAUUUCUGCUUUUCUCCUCUAUUGAGGUCAUUAAUAAUAACUGAUUGAAAGAUGCUUUGUAACUCUACACAUACUCAAGGUAUUCCUAUUCUCUGUUUUGAUAACCCGAUAAAAUACAGGGAAAUAAAUUGCUGGAAUCCUUGCUUUUCCCUUUGGAAACUGAAAAGUAAUGAACAAGAUGCAAUGUUGGAUUAUUGGCAGGGAUUUCUAUAAUGACUAUUCUGUCAUUUUUUUUUUAUUAUCCUGUCUCCAUUUUUUAAUGGACUUAUAUUAAAGAUGUGUUAUACAUAUUUUGGGGAGCAGAUGGAUCAAGGUUUUUUCAUCUAUCAUAUGUCGCAUUAGCAAAAAUUUGAUACAUGUUCCAAAAGCAUCAGGAAAGGAGAUUGUUCUCUCUUGAAAACAUAGCUUACACAGCACAGGGACUUACUUAGAACAUCGUCAAAACGAAAUUCAGAGCCUGACACCAAGUGUACAGUUCCUAAUGUAAGCUGCCUUGUAGUAUUUGCAAAACAUCAUAUUCGUUUUGCCAUCAAAAGCAAUCAAGCUUAUUACCCAUGACCAGAGUCAGAAUCGAUUUUUGUUCAAACAAACAGGUUUUACUGUAUUUACGUGUUGGGGGUAACUAGCCAAGGAUGGUUUAAAACCAGAAAGGAACAAAGUAGAGAGAGAAAACCACUCUUGUGGCACUUCUUAAACCAACAUUUUGGACCAGCAAUGCCAUCCACUCCAUCUCUUUAUAUUUAGGAAGAAAUCUGAGGCCAGUGGUUGGAACGUGAGUGACCCUCUUCUUUUUCAGCUUCGUGGCAACUUAAUGCCAAAUAGUUCAAAUGUUAGGUGAAUGGUCGUUCAACUGGUAGUUCAAACUGGUUCAAAUGCUUGAAAAAUAUGAGCUGGGAGCAAAAUCUGGAUUCUGGAAAAUCCCAAACUGUCCUUCUAUCAUGUCACUGAGAAAAAAGCAUGGUUCUCCAUCCCCUGUAAGUGCAGGUAGUUUAAUUCCCUAUAAAAAGUUGCCAGUGCCUUGUUUGAGAUGAUGAUUCAUCAUCUCAUCUGGAUAUUAUUGGUUCCAGUUCAAAGCAGAGGAUUGAUUGGCUGCACUUUGAAGAAAAUCUUAUAUGUCUCUUUGAACUCAGGAAUAGAAAAUGACCCAAGGAGCACAUCCUAGAUGUGAUGUCUGCCCCCGCUGGGUAGAGCAUGUCGCACCAGAACAGAGGCAGAUGUGUGUUCCAAGUUCAGGUUUUUCUGGUCUCAGCCUUCCAGAAAGUGCCAUCACUUUAAUUAUACAUCUUCCACAAAACACCUUAGGGUUUGGUCUGUGGUAGGGAUGCCGAUGUGCUGCCAAUUGAAGUUAGAGUGUUUGUUACUGUCCCUCUUGAGGCAAGUCCACAGAUAGAGCAAAAUCAGGCUGGUGACAGCUGGUACAGAUACACUGAGUGGAAUGAGAACCACCUAGAACUUUGUGCACUUUUUUUUUUUUUUAAGCCAACAUCAAUACUACUUACAAGUACACAAAGUUGUCAACCUUAAUUUGGAUUAAGAAAGUUAAUGGUGUUUUCUCUGCUAAAGGUGUUUUUUCUUAUACGGUGACUGUGGCCAACAUCGAACUUGAACUUCUGCCCUUUGAAAGAAAGCACAGUUUGAACCUUCAACCCCAGCACCUCCAUUGACCACUGAAACUCUACGUCAUCUGCAAAGAAAACGCACAAACUUGGUCCAGUGUAGGAUUCUUCAAAAGUGGGUAACAAAGCUUGUGUGUUAUGCCCCUUGACGUGACUUAUGAAGAUGUUAUGCAAUUAAAUGCCUCGUUCUGUGUUAAUUUGCUGUUGCUGUUUUGUGAUGCAAAAUAAAUGUAUUUGAGAUUGUUUCAGUUUUUCACUGAACCUUCUCCAAAGCCAACUAGAGCCCUUGGGAAACUUGCAGAAAGUUCUUGACCUUAAAAUUAGUUUUUAAAAGACAAUAAGUAUCAAUCAUAAUGGGGCUUUUUAGAUGAGGUAGCAUUUGCCUUUCCCUUCCUUUGAAUGAGGAACUGGAGUUUCGAUUGCCCUGUUGGAAUCCUCGUGAAUUGCCAGAACUUUCUUCACUGGGCCGUUGGGUGCACUUUUUUUCUGUCCUUACGUUCGGUUUUCAAGGUUUCAUUUGAACAAAAACCUUAUUUUUAGAAAUGUGUAAUACAGAUUUCCAGGAGUCUUCACUUUUAUGUUUUCUGUUCAUCAGUUCAUUGGUCUUAAAUGCUCACUUGAGAGCUGUCCAGGUCUAUAUCCAAGAAUGUUGUUUAAUGACACCUGACAGAUACAUUGCUUUCAGAAAUCAGUUUGAGAUACCAAUUGUGGCAUCCCAGGCAGGGAGCUCAUGAGUGGUAUGCUGGAUCAAUUAUGGAAAUUUUGAGAAGAGGCGGGAUGGGGGGCUUACCCGCCGAUCAGCAGAAACCAACACACACCUGCUCCAGGUCCCAACUCUGAGGAAAGCAAACAUAUUUAUAAGAUAAAAUGAGCUGUUAUUACAGAGGGAGAAAUGCCGUGCUCACUGCUCUUGGUGAAUUGCCAGUUGCUAUAAUCCAAACCAAUUCAUCAUCAUUUAUUAAACAGUAAAUUCAUGAAGAAUGAUCCUGAGUGCCACUAAGAGUGCAGUCUUCCCUGCAUAGCAUCCCCUCCACACCAUCUCUACCUGCCAACAUUUUUCGGACAAAAGAAGAGAAUCCUGAUUAUGUACAGUAUAAAUUGUAUUAUAUUUUUUGUACUUAUGUUUUAUGUAAAUAGUUUGUCUCAUUCAAUUGUAUGUGAGCAUUGAAAUAAAUCCUACCAUUUAGGAAACAA